CGUCAGAGAAGACAAGAUGGCGGCCGUGCAGAAGGCGGAAGAUGCAGUGGGACAGUUCCUCUGGUCUCGGGGCGAGUCCAGGCGUCACUGAGACAUGAGCGUCGCCAUGAGCCAAAGGAAGGACAUGGUCUGUCCUGAGAGCGAAAAUAAAAGUCAGAGAAAAGUGUUUGUGCCAAACAAACUCCUGGAGUGUCUCCCCCGCUCCCCCUGCCUCCCCACGGAGCGCCUGCGCUGGAACACCAACGAGGAGAUCGCUUCGUUCCUGAUCUCGUUCGACCGACACGAUGAGUGGUUGUGCUGCUCCCUCAAAACCAGGCCGAAGAACGGAAGCAUCAUCCUGUACAACCGGAAGAAAGUCAAAUAUCGAAAAGAUGGAUACGCCUGGAAGAAACGAAAAGAUGGAAAGACCACCAGAGAAGACCACAUGAAGCUCAAGGUCCAGGGGAUGGAGUGUCUUUAUGGGUGUUACGUUCAUUCCUCCAUCGUCCCCACAUUCCACAGACGUUGCUACUGGCUCCUGCAGAACCCGGACAUAGUGCUGGUGCACUACCUGAACGUGCCGUGUGCUGAGGAUUCUGGGAAGUGUAGUCCUCUGGUGUGUGCGGUGAGCGAGCGCCACAACAACACGCGCUGGAGCCGCGACGACCUGCUCAGCCAGCUCAAGCCUAUGUUCCACAGUAUGAAGUGCUCUGUGGGCUCUGGAGACUCAUCUAUUGAAGACCUCGUCCAACACAUCCUGGAGAGACAGAGGAGCAGACCCCAACCCAGGACUCACACCUGUCUGUGUACUCCCCACGUGGCGUCUGGAGUGAACAUUCCUCAUCGCUGUAACAGCACCAAACACCGCAUCAUCUCCCCCAAAGUCGACAAAACUAAACCUCCUCCAAUCAAAACGCAGAGCCCCGCCCACUCGCCGUGCCCGCCCGCCAGCUCCUCCUCUCCUCCCCCAGCGCACACAGCCGCCAUCGCUGUCAGUAACUACACCGAUCGCCACGGUAACUUGACCGCCGUCGCCCUGCCGCAGAACGCCCUCAUCGUCAUGGCAGCCACGCCCCCCUCAUCCGCCGCCACCGCUAACCACUCUGCCAACGCCGCUCUCAGUCACAACAACAACAAUAACAACAAGAAGCCGCUGGUGGUCGCCGCGGAGACCGUCGCCCUGCUCCUGACCCCGCCCCCUCAGUCCACGCCUCCUCCGCCACCCCAGGCCACACCUCCUCCUCCACAGGCCACGCCCCCCGGCUUCGAUCCCGACGCCUUCCUGAAUUCGCCCAAACAGGGGCAGACGUACGGCCGCUCUGUAUCCAAUCAGAACGCGGCACUGGCGCCGAGCCCCGCCUCCUCCCUGUCCUCCCUCAGCUCCACAGACUCCGCCCCCCUCGCCACAGACUCCGCCCCCCUCGCCCUCCCGCUCUCUCUCGACCUGGACGAGGACACGCCCAAAACACGGCGAGACGAAGAGUCCAAAGACGAGAAUGCAACCGGACCGCCCACCAAAGUGGCUCUGAUCCAGUCCAACAGUGGCUCUCCUCCCCGGCGACAGAGCAGCGCCCCGCUCCUAUUGGUCUGUCACGACUCUCCACCCACCAAUCAGACGCAGAGACACAACGACAACAUGGUGACCUUCAGCCCCCAGCCUCAGACCAGUCCAGUCCAGGUGAAGCAGGAAAAUGGGAGGCGUGGCUCUGAUGCCGUUUCCGUGGAAACGCCUCCCCAGCGCUCUGUUUCCAUGGACACGGACACUGUGGAGGAGGCGGGUCUUGAGCUCUCCUUCGAUUCGCCGUUCCCUGACCUCAUCUCUGACCUCAUCGCCGAAGAGGCCAAUCCGGCCCCACCGUUAGCCACCCUGGCGCCCUCGUUAGCGCAGUUUCCCACCGGCGUGCGCUACAUGGUCCCUCCCACUCCGUUGCCGUCAUCAUCCUUCCUGCCCUUUCCAAACCCCGCCCCCUCGCCACGAACAGCCGCCAUCACUGACUUCAGCCCCGAGUGGUCUUACCCCGAGGGCGGGGUUAAAGUUCUCAUCACAGGUUCUUGGAGUGAGUCUUCUGGCCGUUACUCUUGUGUGUUUGACCAGAGUUUGGUUCCUGCGUCUCUGAUCCAGCCUGGAGUCCUGCGCUGCUACUGCCCCGCUCACGAGGCCGGGCUCGUCUGUCUGCAGGUCGUGGAAUCUGGAGGUUCAGUCUCCUCUUCAGUUCUGUUCGAGUACCGCGCCCGGAACGCCAACUCUCUGCCCAGCUCCCAACUCGACUGGCUCUCCCUGGACGAUAAUCAGUUCCGGAUGUCGAUCCUGGAGCGUCUGGAGCAGAUGGAGAGGAGGAUGGCACAGAUGUCGUCCAGAGAAACCCAGUACCACCAACAGCAGCAGGGUCAGGGCACCCAGCUGAGCUCAGGGCCGGCUCUGCCCCCGGCGCUGCCCCCGGCUCUGCCCCCGGCUCUGCCCCCGGCGCUGCCCCCGGCGCUGCCCGCUCCUGUGCCCGGGCAGACACAGCAGUGGUUCGAGCAGCGCAUCGUGGGUCUGUGUGAGCGCAUGAUGAAAAGUGCCUGCUGGAGGUCGAGUCACGCACCUGCAGCUGAAGGGGGCGGAGCCACAGACACAGGAGGCGGAGCUUCGGCAGGAAGGGGUGGGGACAGGCUCCACCGGGCGCCACGUCACAGAGGAAUGACUCUGCUGCACCUAGCGGCCGCUCAGGGCUACACCCACCUCAUCCACACGCUCAUCCACUGGAGGACGCUGCACAGAGACAGCCUGGACCUGGAGCAGGAAGUGGACCCUCUGAACGUGGACCACUUCUCCUGCACCCCCCUGAUGUGGGCGUGUGCGUUGGGGCAUCAGGCGUCGGCCGAGCUCUUGUAUUCUUGGAGCAGUUCAGCUUUGGGGAUCCCUGACUCUCUGGGACGGCUCCCCCUGGCUGUGGCUCGCUCCAGGGGCCACACGAGGCUCGCGACGGCCCUGGAGAGGAUGCACACCUCACGAGGGGACACGGGGGUCAGAGAGGGGGUCAGAGAGGGGGUCAGCGCAGAGAGACCUGAAGAGGAGGCCACAGAGGAGCAGAUUACCAGAAAGAGAGGAUGCAACACUGAACAGAGCAGACAGGAGAAGCAAAUGAAGGCAGAGGAGGAGACGAGGGAGAGGAGGAGAGAAGAGGAGGAAGAAGAGAGGAGCAGGCAGGAGGAGAGGAGGAGGAGCAGAGGAGUGGAGGAAGAGAGGAGCAGGCAGGAGGAGAGGAGGAGGAGCAGAGGAGAGGAGGAGGAGGAGAGGAGCAUCAGUGUGGACCUCGAGGAUCCUGGCCUGACCUUCCCAGACCUGAGACCAGAGCCCGAGUCCAGAGACGUGUCCCUGGACUCUCCCCUGUCGCCUCUGUCCACCAGCCCAGACACAGGCCUGAGCUCUUCCAGUCGGCUCAGCUCGUCGAGCAGUCUCCCCUCGCCCUUUGACCCCGCCUCCUCGCCCUCGCUGAGCUCCGCCUACUCCAGCGUGGGACCCGCCCCCAUGGACACCUCUCCGCCCGAGUCGCCGUCUGAUUCGCCGGGGCUGCUGUGGGGGGUGGAGUCUCACCUCAUGGACUUCGAGAACUCGCCCCCUCCUCACGUGCAUGCCCCCGGGCGCCGUGCACUGUCCCCUCACGUGCACGCCCCCGGGCGCCGUGCACACUCGUCUCUGGAGCAGUUUCUGAGUCUGAGCGAAAACAACGAGAACGAAGAGCUUCUGGAGGACGACGAGCUGCAGGUGGAUGUGGCGGCGCUGGCAGAGCAGAUCAUCGAGGCGACUCCUGAGCGAAUCAAACGCGAGGAUUUCCCUCGAGGGGCGGAGUCAGCGCUUAGAGAGAGACAGGACAAUCCCGACCUCCAAGACACAUGGCUCGCAGCCUACCUGGAGACUGUGGACCCGCCCAGGCGCCUCUGCCCGCCCUCGCCGCUCUCUGCCCUGGCGCUGCACCGACUGCGCCCGCCUUCCUCCGCCGCAUGGGCGGAGUUUCUCAACGCCUCGGCCAAUGGGAAGAUAGAACGCGACUUCGCUCUGUUAACGCUCACAGACGGAGAACAGCGAGAACUGUACGAGGCUGCGCGCAUCAUCCAGACGGCGUUCAGGAGAUACAAGGGUCGACGGCUGAAGGAGCAGCAGGACAUGGCAGCUGCAGUGAUCCAGAGGUGUUACCGCAAAUACAAACAGUACGCGCUGUACAAAAAGAUGACGCAGGCGGCCAUCUUGAUCCAGUCCAAGUUCCGCUCGUACUACGAACAGAAGAGGUUCCAACAGAGUCGUCGCGCCGCAGUCCUGAUUCAGCAGUACUACAGGAGCUACAAGGAGUACGAGAGGAAGCAGAGGGCGGCCAGCAACAGGGGCUCUUUUCUGACAAAGAAACAGGACCAAGCGGCUCGAAAGAUCAUGAGGUUCCUGCGCCGCUGCAGACACAGGAUAAAGGAGCUGAAGCAGAGUCGGGAGCUGGAGCGUCGAGGACUCACCACUUAAACAUUUCACUGAAAAUCUCACUUUAAAAACAGAAUCUGACCCCAGUGAACCACUGUGUCCAGAGCUCUGCUGACCCCUCUGACCCCUCUGCCCCCUCUGACCACUGCACACUACUGCAAGAGUACUGCAAGAGUACUGCAAGAGUACUGCUACAGUACCACCAAAGCACUGCUAAUACACUGCCACUGAGAGAAUCAGAGAAAUCUGGGGACACUGGGUUUAGUCCUGGUUUAGUCCUGGUUUAGUCCUGGUUUAGUCCUGGUUUAGUCCUGGUUUAGUCCUGGUUUAGUCCUGGUUUAGUCCUCAGACUUUAUAUGGGAACAAAUCUAAACUCUACAAACAAGUUGCUCCCCCUCUGGACUAAACCGGGACUAAACCAGGACUAAACCGGGACUAAACCGGGACUAAACCAGGACUAAACCAGGACUAAACCGGGUCUGACACAGCGGGUGCCACAGUUGCCCCGGGGCAGACCACAGAGGCCCUCACACAGACGAGGGGAGGUGUCUUGCCUAAGGACACCUCAGCAGUACAGGAGCUGGUGUCGGGAGUUGAACCUCAGAGCUUGCGGUGAGAGGGAGUUUGUGGGCGGGGCCUGAGCCGCAUAUUCUUCUUCAAAUAGUUUAUUUGUUUAUUUAUUUAUUAUUCUAAAGCAUGAGCCGGUCAUGUGACUCUGUGCGACCGUGUGAUUGGACGCUGCCAGUCUUAACGCCCAAUGAGCUUUAUGUUUGUACUUUGGCCUGAACCAAUUGGCUUUCAGGAUUUGCACCAUGUGAUUUUACGGCCCCGAGGGGUCAUGUGACUCCCACCUGGCUCCUGAUUGGUGGGUUUGAAUCAUGUGACUGGUGUUUUUACUGUAACGAGCAUGAGCUUAAUAACAGCGCCGCCUUUCACUCUUUCACUCCUUUCUCUCCUCCCUUUUCCCCUCCUUCUCUGAGGAGGAAGAGAAGGAGCUCCUCUCCUCCUCAUCUCCCUUCUUCUCUUGCUCCUCUCUCUCCUCUCUUCUCCUCUCCCUCUCUCCUCCCUCUUUCUCUCCUCUCUCCUCCCUCUUUCUCUCCUCUCUCCUUCCUCUUUCUCCUCUCCCUCUUUCUCUCCUCUUCCUCUCUUCUCUUCUCCCUCUUUCUCCUCCCUCGUUCUCCCUCUUUCUCUUCCCUCGUUCUCCUCCCUCUU